UUUAUAAUCUAUAAGUAUAGUAACUGGUAACCUCUCUUUAAAAGAUUUAUUCCGCGAGUUAAUUUGUCCGCUUCGAUAAUAAUCCAUUAAUAUAGCGAUAUGCACGCAACGCAUAACAAUAAUUUUUUAGUAUAAUACUAAGUAAUAAUGAUAGUAAUAAUUAUACUUUUAUAUAUGUGUAUUUAAAAAAUAUGCCGGCUCGCGACAGCGGCACUUCGCGCUUCUCAUUUCUUCCUAUUCCUAUGUUUAUCGUCUGUCUAUACGUUCUUGAUAAACGGAAACGAAGGAAUGAAGAGCAGAAGCGCAGCUACAUGAGCCAGCUUCGAAUGAUGGAAUUCCGCCACCCGCUGCCGUAACAGGAUUUUCAUCAGCAACGCCAGCAAAUAUCGCAUCUAAUUUUGUGCCACCUAUUAUGCCUACGGCACCAUUUAUUCCUCCUCCCAGUUUACCACCAGGUCCUCCAGGUAUAAUGCCACCUCAGUUUUCUAUACCUCCACCUGGUUUUACCUUCCCUAUCACCGCGGCACCUCCUCAAGAGGCUGGAGUUAUAGCUGCGUCACCACAAAUAGCAGCACCAGGAAUUCCACCACCCUCGCCUAUCAGUAGCGAUGCCACUACUGCGACAAUGUCCGUCUCUACUACGGCAGAGAAAAAGACUGACUGGAGUGAGCAUAAGGCACCUGAUGGCAGAACGUAUUACUAUAAUAGCGUCACAAAGCAAUCUUUAUGGGAAAAACCGGACGAGCUAAAAACGCCAAGCGAAUUGCUACUGUCACAGUGCCCCUGGAAAGAGUACAAGUCAGAGAAUGGCAAGGUAUACUACCAUAACGUCAAUACCAAGGAAUCUAGAUGGUCGAUACCGCCAGAGUUGGAGGAACUGAAGGCACGCAUUAUAGCAGAGGAAGCUGCUGCAGCCGCUGCGGCUGUUGUGGCAAAUGCGACGAAUUCCAACAUAGCUCCCGUAGCUAUACAACACUUGUCGCCAAACGUCGCGACUAUAUCGCAGACUAGCACACCAGAGUCAGGUGGAAAGUCGGCUAUUGAGCAAGCGAUGGCCGCAACACUCGCAGCAAUCAAUAUCCCAACUCCGCCCGCGAAACCGGAUGAGGACAGUAAUUCCGCGAUGGGCUCGGCCAACGAUAGUCGCACUAGCACGCCUGAACCUAAGAUGCAGUUCAAGGAUAAAAAGGAAGCGGUCGAGGCAUUCAAGGAAUUGCUGAGGGAAAGGGAUGUGCCAUCAAAUGCCACAUGGGAACAGGCAGUCAAAUUGAUUCAGAAUGAUCCUAGGUAUCCACAGAUGAAGAAGCUGAAUGAGCGUAAACAGGCCUUCCACUCAUACAAGACGCAGAAACUGAAGGAGGAACGUGAGCAAGAGAGACUCAGAUUAAAGAAGGCUAAGGAGGAUUUAGAGCAGUUCUUAUUAGAGGGCGGCAGAAUGUUAAGCACAACCAAAUAUUACAAAUGUGAGGAAAUGUUCGGUAAUUUGGAAGUUUGGAGAGCGGUCGGAGAUUCGGACCGCCGAGACAUUUAUGAGGAUGUUAUCUUCAAUUUGGCGAAACGCGAAAAGGAAGAGGCAAAACAAUUGAAGAAGAGAAAUACUAAGAGAUUGGCGCAAGUUUUGGACACUAUGACAGAGGUAACGUACAGGACCACAUGGCAGGAAGCGCAGGCAUUGUUAUUACAACAUCCCGCAUUUGCGGAAGACGCAAAUUUGUUAGAAAUGGAUAAGGAAGACGCUCUGAUUGUAUUCGAGAACCACAUUCGUCAAUUGGAAAAGGACGAGGAGGAAGAAAAAGAGUGCGAGAAGAAACGAAGGAAACGGCAGGAGAGGAAAAACAGAGAUGGCUUCAUAUAUUUACUUGAUGAACUUCAUGAGCAAGGCAAGCUCACGUCGAUGUCGCUCUGGGUAGAACUGUACCCCAUGUUGUCCGCUGAUUUGCGCUUCUCAGCUAUGCUAGGACAGUCCGGUUCGACUCCACUGGAUCUAUUCAAAUUCUAUGUUGAAGAUUUGAAAUCUCGAUUUCACGACGAGAAAAAGAUCAUUCGUGAGAUACUCAAAGACAAGAACUUUGAAGUGCAAGUAAACACGACUUUCGAAGAAUUCGCCACGGUCGUGUGUGAGGAUCGAAAGUCGGCGACCCUGGAUGCGGGUAACGUUAAAUUAACAUACAAUUUACUGCUAGAGAAGGCAGAAGCGCGCGAGAAGGAACGCGUCAAGGAAGAAACACGAAAAUUUAAGAAGUUGGAGACUGGUUUCAAGAACUUGCUCAAGACAUUGAAUGUAGAUUAUCAAAUGGCGUGGGAGGACGUGAGGCCGAAAAUCGAGGAGGAGCAAGAUUUCAAGGCGAUUACCUUAGAGAGCGAAAGAAUACGGAUAUUGAAAGAGUAUCAGCAUGAGCUGGAAGAAAGUUGCAGUCAUCAUCAUAUUAGAAGUAAAAAGAAAAAGGCAAAGAAAUUGAAGCGCAAAUCACGAUCGCGUUCACAUAGCGAGUCAGAAGGUAGCGAAAAAGGCUUGAGGAGAAAGCGGCACAGGUCGCAUUCGCCCAGUAUUCCCAGCAAGUCUGACAGUUCUGAAUCAGAAACAAAGAAGACCAAGAGGAAGAAAAAUAAAAAAAAGAGAGGCCGCAGCCAUUCACGUUCCCAUUCCGGUCUUCCAUCCUCCGAGGAAUCCCCAGAGAGGAAACGUAAAGAAGAGAAACACAGAAGGCCUUCCAUUCACAGCGAAGGUUCCGCUACGGAAAAUAACGAGCCCCAUGAAGGUCUUUCCGAGGAUGAGCUUGAGAAACAAAGGGCACAACUUCUGCGCGAGCUUCAACUGCAACAAGAAGAGAACUAAAGACUUUGCCAAGUGCCACUGCAUUUUGGAAAUGCCCUCCGAAAAUCUGAAAUAGUUAUCACUUUCAUGAUGAAGAUGACUGUUCCCCUGUCUUUUUCAGAGAAAGUGAGUUUCUCUUCGCUGCUUGGAUAACUACUAUUUUAAAAACCAUGAAUGUAUUAUGAAAAGCGAAUACAUAAUGUGGUUCAAAUACUGAUGUUUGGUUUCAAACAAAAAGAUCGUAAAUUUAAAAUAUUUAUAUUGCGAACACAUGCACGACGUUUAUUUAAAAAUGGAUCACCUUACAUAACGCAUUCCGGCCUUUCGCCACGUAAGUGAUUUUUUAAGCUGUAUGACUCGCCUCUUUUUCUAUUUUCUUCAAUGAUUCCGCGGUAUUCUUUGCGAUUAGGUGCGCGACAAAUGUGAAAUACAAGAUUCGAAAUCUACGUGAUCAAAACAUUACUGGAAUACAAUAACGUCCAAUUUAACUUCCUUGUCAGCAUCGCCGGUUUGCAUUAAUUUAUGAAUUAAUCUUUUUCAGAAUAUUUAUGUCAGAAUUUAUUUCUACCUGCGCUGAAAUCUUGUAAAGCACUUGUAGUAAUUUAUUAAAUAAGCUUAAUUCCGAUAGCUUUAUAGAUAAAAAUAUAAAUUUUUGCUUGACUUUGUAUCUAGGAGUGAAUUAACUGUACUGUAUUUUAAUAAUUAUGUGUAAUACUAUUCUUUAUAUAAUACUA